AUGGACUCCCUACGCGACGCCCUCCAACCCAUCACUCACAACCUGCCAGGUCCUAUUCGGGACCUGGGUGUCUCCAUUGUUGGCGAGACCUGCUACAAAACGCUCUUACUUGACAUCGAUCUUACCUCGAGCGAGUGCAUCAAGCUUGCCGUUUCGAAAGGCCUUGGAAUUGGCAUUAUCGCUGCCUCGUCAAUCGUCAAGGUCCCGCAAAUCCUCAAGCUGAUCUCAUCGCGCUCCGCGUCUGGAAUCUCCUUCCUCUCCUACCUCCUCGAGACAUCAGCAUACAUUAUCUCCCUCGCCUACAAUGUGCGCCAGGGCUUCCCAUUCAGCACAUAUGGAGAGACUAGUUUGAUUAUGGUGCAGAAUGUGGUUAUUGCGGUCUUGGUGUUAAAUUACAGCGGAAAGGCUAGCACGGCUGCGCUUUUUGUGGCUGGAUUGGCUGCAAGUGCCGUCACUCUGUUCAGCAAAGACAUCCUGGAUAUGAAGACCCUGAGUUACCUUCAGGCUGGUGCAGGUGCUCUGGGAGUCGCCAGCAAGUUGCCGCAGAUCAUGACUGUUUGGCAACAAGGAGGAACAGGGCAGUUAAGUGCCUUUGCUGUGUUCAACUACCUUGCGGGGUCCCUCUCGAGAAUCUUCACAACUCUGCAGGAGGUGGAUGACAAGCUGAUCCUCUACGGGUUCGUUUCUGGAUUUAUACUCAACGCUAUACUCGCAGCACAAAUGGUUUACUAUUGGAAUGCCCCAGCUACUAAAGUCACGGAGCGCAAGGAAAAGGUUGUCCCUUCCGCGGCGCCUUCCUCUGGGACUACAACUGCGACACCGAAGGGGAAAAGUCCAACCACCCGCAGACGCGGCUAA